CAAUGGCGAUAAUCAUGUAGCGGUAUCCUUUCGGAGUCGCCAGUGGACGAAUUGAUACAGCCAUACGUUGGACUAUCCAGACGGACUGGGCCUUUUGGCUUUCCCCAAAGGCUUUUCGCAAAGGUCUAGAUCCGGGUCGUUGAAGGACUUCAGUCUCUGUUUCCGUACAGGGUACCUCGUCCGUUCUCCGGCUUCUUGAAUUGGAGUAAGCGAAUGGCUCUCCUCACGCAACACAGCUUUCCUUCGACGCCUUCCAUCGAGUACAUAUCACAUUACUCGAAUGCUGCGGCCUUUUCCUUCGGCCCGGAUGUUAAGUCCUCAUGUGCACCCGCCGCACUAGGUCACACUGAAUUGUCUAUCGCGGAGGCAUCUUCGGCCAUCGCAUCAUCACAGGCACGGCCAUCACCAACCCCGACGGGAAGGCAAGCCGACCCGGCUCUGGAAUCUGGAAGGAAACGGCGGACUUCUCAGUGCAGUCUUGAGCAUGGUUUGCGACACACUUUGUCCGCGGCACAAAUAAGAGAGACAGCAAUGGCUCCAGAUAGCGAGCCCACCACUCCAAACACCUCCAAGCCCCGCAAUAAACUAGGUUAUCAAAGAACGUCGGUCGCCUGUGGUCACUGUCGCAGACGCAAGAUACGAUGCGUAAUUGCGCCGACCGAGAAGUCGGGAAGGUGUCAAACCUGCAUCAAACUUCGAAAAGAAUGCCAUUUCUAUCCAGUGGAGCAGGCAAACUCGACAGAAACUCGUCCCCAAUCCAUGAUCAAGAGCGACAGUGGACUGUCCGGCUCCUCUGCUCCAUCACCGGCUAUGGCUGGAUCACAGGAGGAUGACCAACGAGGUUCAAAUCAAUCUCUUCAAGAUAGCGAUACCAGUUCUGCUUCAGGGAUGGGCAGACCGUUUCCGCCGAAUUACCCUGCCGAAGCAGGGUUCUCGCAGUCAUAUGGGACAAUAUGGAACCCCUUAUUCAAUCAGCCAUUCAUUAAUGAGUCCAACCUCCCUACUCAAUGGAACCCACCGCCACCACCAAUCCCAAGCCAACUCCUAGCACAACCACCAAUACCAAAGACCCCUCAAGAACAGAUGCUGCACCAACACAACCCCAACUUCGACUUGGGUGCUCAAGGCCGCUCCUUCUCCGUCGGCAACGCCGACCACUUCGCCAACUUCAACCCCUACGCAUCCUUCCCCGACUCCGGCUACCCGCAAGACAUGCGUUCCCGCCAGGCAUCCCUCCCAAGCAUCCCCAAUCCCCUAGCCUUCGAUCCCCAGCACCCCGAGCUGGCACGGCAACAAGUCAUCCCUGCGGCCGCGACCCCGACCAUCCCAUCCCAAUACACCGGCGCGCCGCCCACUCACCGGCGCAUGCCGACCUCCUCCGCCACCUCGGGAUCCACCGUCCCGGCAUCGGCGAUUCCCUUUACUCGCCCUUUGACCACCAACGCCCCCGUGUCGAGUUCCGUGGCCUCCGAGCAAGUCGGCUUCGUGGUGCAGCCGCUUUCACAUUCGCAAACGUGGCCGACGUACGUGGAGCAGACACAGGGUCACCCGCCUUCGCAGGUGUCUGCGCCGAUGCUGGGUUCGUUUGCCGGGCCGUGGUACGGCGAGCAUGGCGACUCGUACGGGCAGGGAGGGCCACCACAAUAGAAAUAUACUUCAUGAGUGCUGAAGAAACGGUCGAUUUAAUGGGUGGGUGGGUUCGGUUAGGAGAGGAACGGUUCCUACGAAAGAGACGGUGACGCAUUUUCUCACGGCGUUGACAGUUUUGUUUUUCUGUUUUCCUGUUUCAGCGAUGUUUGAUGGCUUUCUGCGAUGAUUUGCAUGCAUGGAUUGGUAUUUGCUU